AUGGCAACCACACCGUCGCAAAAAUCCUCAGCCAAAUCCGCCGUCAAGCCUAACAAGACGGUCAUUCUCCGUCUAGCUCCCCAUCUGCUCAAGAAGUUCGGCCCGUUGUCCGAAGAUGCCUCUGAAGCAUCACCCACAGCUUCUCCUGCACCAGUCUCGACACCCGUCAUCAACGCCCCAACAUUAGACGCCUCGGAGACGAAUGGAACUCCUGCCCCCGGCACCGAUGCCGCUGCCACAGACAACAACUCGCUAGCUCCUCCNCCAGCAGCUAACGGCAAGAAGAAGGGUGUUCCUGGUNNCCCAAGCCUGGCACAAAGAGAACUGCUGCUCAAACUGAGGCGGGCCCGAAUGCAAAGCCCAGGGAAAGCCCGGUCCCAAAAAGAAGCCUCGUCUGUACGUGACUCGCACACCAAUCACAUUUCCUCUUUCUUUUGUGUACUGACACUCAAGUCCAGGGCUGACGGAACCAUUGACAGAACUGCCGAGGGCACAAAGAAGGGUCCGUUCGGCGGCGUGGCUCCUAUCGCCACACACAAGCUAGGCCCCAAGGCCAACACAGGUGCCAUCAAUGCUGGUCUUCGCGCAUUGGACAGAUCCGGCAAGCCUUGCCGCAGGUGGGAACGCAAGGGUCUCCAACUUAAGAGCAUAUCUGGUGUUGCAUGGACAGUAGGAUCAUGGGCUGCACCGCUCAAGGACAAUUCGUCCUUCAGCGGUGACGUAAAGAGUGAGAACUCGUCCAGCAGUCAAGCGGACAACGCCAGAUUGGCGAGCAGUGCGCUCCCCAGCGACAGAAGCAAUAGUGGUGAAGGAGCCAAGGCAGAAAAUGCUCUCGAGAGCUCGCCCGCACCAGUGUUGCCCGUCGAGGUAUGA